CAGCGUGUGGGUCUAGAACGUGUGGCCGCUAGUGGCGGCGUCAAACGGUCAGUCGGGGUUCAAAGAGGAAAACAUGGCGGAAAACAAAGGCGGUGGGGAGACGGAAACCUCUUUAAGCAGUAGUAGUAACGGUGGUGUUCCUCCCGAGUCUCAUGUAGUUGAGGAAGUAGUGGAAAAUGCUGAAAAAACGCCGCAGGAAAGUCCAGCUUCUUCUACAGCAGCAACCCCUACUGUCGUGAACUUGCUGGAUACGUGCGCCGUGUGUAGACAGAGCUUGCAGACCCGCGAUUCAGAACCCAAGCUUUUGCCGUGUCUUCAUUCUUUUUGUAGGCGGUGUUUACCAGAGCCUGAAAGGCAGCUCAGUGUACCUGUCCCUGGGUCUAACAACGGGGAUCUUCAUUUAGGUAUGUACAAGCUGUGAAGAUAAUGCUAGUGCGGUUGGAUUUUGUGUGGAAUGUGGAGAAUGGCUUUGUAAAACCUGCAUAGAGGCACAUCAGCGAGUAAAAUUUACGAAGGAUCACAUGAUCAGAAAAAAAGAGGAGGUCUCCUCAGAGGCAGUUGGAGCAUCUGGACAACGCCCUGUUUUUUGUCCUGUUCACAAACAAGAGCAGUUAAAGUUAUUUUGUGAAACAUGCGACAGACUGACAUGCAGAGACUGUCAGCUACAAGAACAUAAAGAACAUAGGUACCAAUUUUUAGAAGAAGCUUUCCAAAAUCAGAAGGGUGCAAUUGAAGGUUUAGUAGCCAAACUUCAUGAGAAGAAAAAUUAUGUUCAUUUUGCAGCAACUCAAGUCAAAAAUAGGAUAAAAGAAGUCAAUGAAACACACAAACGAGUGGAGCAAGAAAUCAAGGUGGCCAUAUUUACCCUCAUCAACGAAAUAAAUAAAAAAGGAAAGUCUUUACUUCAGCAGCUGGAGAAUGUGACAAAAGAGAGGCAGGUGAAGCUGAUGCAGCAGCAGCAUGACAUUAAUGGUCUUUCACGGCAAGUAAUGCAUGUGGUGAACUUCACAAGCUGGGCCAUUUCCAGUGGCAGCAGCACAGCGUUGCUGUACAGCAAAAGACUGAUCACUUUCCAGUUGCGUCACAUUCUGAAAGCACGCUGUGACCCUGUCCCAGCAGCUAAUGGUGCUGUACGUUUCCAUUGUGAUCCAACAUUCUGGGCCAAAAAUGUUGUUAAUUUAGGUAAUCUUGUUAUUGAGAACAAACCGACUACUGGUUACACUCCUAAUGUUGUAGUGGGACAAGGUCCUCCAGUAACAAAUAAUGUUUCUAAACCUCCUGGGCAGAUAAAUUUGGCGCAGCUCAGGCUUCAGCAUAUCCAGCAGCAGGUGUAUGCCCAGAAACAUCAGCAGAUCCAACAGAUGAGGAUGUCCCAACCUCCUGCACCUCCGCAUCCUAGACCUCAGAUUUUACAACAGCCACCUCCAAGAUUAAUAAGCAUGCAAGCAGUUCCUAGAGCAAACAUGAACUGUGGAACCUUUCAGGCUCAUCAGAUGAGAAUGGCACAGAAUGCAGCACGUGUACCAGGUGUUCCACGCCACAAUGGACCUCAGUACUCAAUGAUGCAGCCACAUCUGCAAAGACAGCAUUCCAAUCCUGGGCAUGCAGGACCCUUUCCAGUAGUUUCAGUCCACAAUAAUGCUGCUAACCCAACCAGUCCUACCACUGCCAGCAUGGCCAAUGCAAACCGCGGACCAACUAGUCCAUCCAUUUCAUCAGUAGAACUUAUUCCAUCAGUAACAAAUCCAGAGAAUCUCCCAUCUCUUCCAGAUAUCCCACCCAUCCAGUUGGAAGAUGCUGGGUCAAGUAACUUAGAUAACCUUCUUAGCAGAUUUAUUGGUAAUCACCCAUCUCUACAGCCUGCAGGUAUUAUGUCUCCAGGGCCUACGUCACUAUCACCUGGUGCAACAGGCUUGUCCAACUCCCAUACACCAGUCAGACCUCCAAGUACUUCGAGCACAGGUAGUAGGGGCAGCUGUGGAUCCACAGGUAGGAGUGUAGACCGGAGUACGAGUUUCAACCCCGAUCAUGUAAAAGUAAAACAGGAACCUGGGACUGAAGAAGAAGUAUGCAGUUUUUCUGGAACCGUCAAACAGGAGAAGGCAGAAGAUGGCAGAAGAAGUGCGUGUAUGCUGAGCAGUCCAGAAAGUAGCUUGACGCCGCCUCUUCCAAGUAAUUUGCAUCUGGAAAGUGAACUGGAAGGACUUCGGAAUCUUGUGAAUAAUGUAAAAUGUGAGCUAACGUCUGGGAACUCAAGUUGCAAACAACAGACUAGUAAUACACUUGUAAAUGGAAAAUCUAUAUGUAGAACUGCAGUACAUCGAUCACCUAGAGCUGCUGGGGAAAGCAGCAAUAAAGAGGAUGAUCCCAAUGAGGACUGGUGUGCUGUAUGCCAGAAUGGUGGUGAUCUGCUUUGUUGUGACAAAUGUCCCAAGGUUUUCCACCUCACAUGUCAUGUGCCUACACUUCUCAGCUUUCCAAGUGGAGAGUGGAUCUGCACGUUCUGUCGUGAUAUAAACAGUCCUGAAGUAGAGUACGAUUGUGAUAACUUGCAGCACAUUAAGAAGGGGAAAACCGUACAGGGUUUGAACCCAGUAGACCAAAGGGUGAGUGUUUCAGAAUUUGGUGAGAAAGUAAAAUGA